CAGGGUGAGCUGCAGUUAAUCCCGUGUCGGAGCGGAGAGGACUGACGGAGUCCGCGUCUGUAACUACACAAACUCUUUCCUCAGGCGAAGUCACCGACACAAAUCUCACAUUUCAUGACGCCGCAGAGUUCAACGCGAGACACGAACUUUCAGCGGGGGCGGUGGUGUUUGGGAGACGCGGAGGUUCACGGGAAGGCUCAGCGUGGAUGUCCGGGGAGCCACGGUGAAGAAGAACUCAGGCCGUUUGUGGGUUAUUUAUAUUUAUGGUCGUGAGUUUGUCUGCUGGAGGACUUUAAAGCAGCAGCGCGUUAACCAGGUUUAAAAACACGAUCGUCAGGGAGCUGUGGUCUGUAACGAUGUUGAGGCUGUGGAGGCGAGACAUGCUGCUCUCAGAGAGGCUGGGAGAAGACUCUCCGUUGGUCGCGGUGCCUGGCCCCCUGGCCACAGCAGCCCCGACGGGACCCAACAUUUCAUGGCUACCUGAAGCCCCACAUCUGAUCCCAGAGCAGCCGAUCUUCCUCAUGACCCCUGCAGCUCAGGCUGUGUCAGGCUUCUUCGUGUGGACGGCACUCAUCCUCACCUGUCACCAGAUCUACAUGCAUCUACGCUUUUACAGCUCACCCAGGGAGCAGCGCCACAUCGUGAGGAUCCUCUUCAUCGUCCCUAUCUACGCCUUUGACUCCUGGCUCAGCCUCCUCUUCUUCACCAAUGACCAGUACUACGUGUACUUUGACACCGUCAGGGACUGCUACGAGG